AUGGAGAAGAAUGAAGGUGGAAAUAAGACGCCUAAUGCAGUCUCGGAAACGCCCGGUACAGCAACUCAGGGCGAUUCGGGAUCACGACCUCGGACACCUGAGGUUGGCCUUUCGCCCGCAUUAUCUCCGGCCACAAGUCAGUCACAAAAGGACGGUGGUACUCCUGCGAACAGCAUAGGCUCAUCGGUGAAAUCUGGCGAAAGCAGUUUCAAGGGUGAUUGGGCAGAUCAGGUGGCGCCCGAUGAUAGAAUGGACGAUAAAAGUCUUCCGGAGCCGGGAUAUUUGGAUAAGGAAAUUGGCGAGGAGACUGAAAAGCGUAUCUCACCGUUAAUCCGUAAUCGAAAAGUGCGCUACCUAACGGUGAUCAACUUCUUUUUGAGUGCACUGAAUAUCAUUCUCAUGCUUAUUCUUGUCGCUCUUCUCAUCCACUUCAUUGUGCUGCUGAUUAAGAGGCAAGAUGCCCUCGGCACAAUCAAAAUGCCUUGUUUGUAUCGUUUCGGCGACUGGAGUGAGUGUAGUGCGGAGUGCUGGAAUGAAACAAGUGGACAGGAAGAGCCAUUCAUGGUACGCAAAGUACGACCCGAGACUAUCGUACAAGCUCGAGGCGGAUAUCCGCCUUGUCCGCUUGAUUUGGCACAAUCCGAGGAUAGAGCACCGUGCAAUUUCUAUAAAUGUCCGAAAAAAUUAUCCGAAUACCCAAUUGAUAGAAACAAUUGCUAUUAUAAUGAUAUAAAUAAAGGUGAGAAGGGUGGAUGCUAUGCUAUUCGUAAACUACCGUUGGAUGAGUACAGACUCAUUGAGAUCGAUACUCACCUCACUGAAACUUGCCCUUGUCCUGAUUUGAUUCCAUAG